CCGCCCUCAUGUCGGCGCCGCUGAAGAAGGGCCCCGGGGGGCUGAUCGGGCUCAUGAAGGACGCCUUCCAGCCGCACCACCACCACCUGGGCCCGCACCAGCCCGGCGCCGUGGACAAGAAGAUGGUGGAGAAGUGCUGGAAGCUCAUGGACAAGGUGGUGCGUUUGUGUCAGAACCCAAAGCUGGCAUUGAAGAACAGCCCGCCUUACAUCCUAGAUCUGCUACCUGAUACGUACCAGCAUCUGCGAACCAUCCUGUCGCGCUACGAGGGGAAGAUGGAAACCCUAGGAGAGAACGAGUAUUUCCGAGUGUUCAUGGAGAAUUUAAUGAAGAAGACCAAGCAGACAAUCAGCCUCUUCAAAGAAGGGAAAGAACGGAUGUAUGAAGAGAACUCUCAGCCUAGGCGUAACCUGACGAAGUUAUCCCUGAUAUUCAGCCAUAUGCUGGCAGAACUCAAAGGUAUUUUCCCAAGUGGCCUUUUCCAAGGAGACACGUUCCGGAUCACCAAGGCAGAUGCUGCAGAAUUUUGGAGGAAAGCUUUUGGGGAAAAGACUAUUGUUCCUUGGAAGAGCUUCCGUCAGGCCUUGCAUGAAGUGCAUCCGAUCAGUUCGGGGCUGGAGGCCAUGGCCCUGAAGUCAACAAUUGACUUGACGUGCAAUGACUACAUUUCAGUGUUUGAAUUUGAUAUCUUCACACGGCUUUUUCAGCCAUGGUCCUCUCUGCUCAGGAACUGGAAUAGCCUAGCGGUGACUCAUCCUGGUUAUAUGGCAUUCCUAACCUACGAUGAGGUAAAAGCCCGGCUUCAGAAGUUCAUUCACAAACCUGGCAGUUACAUUUUCCGACUGAGCUGUACACGACUUGGUCAGUGGGCCAUUGGUUAUGUUACUGCAGAUGGGAACAUUCUUCAGACAAUCCCCCACAACAAACCUCUUUUUCAAGCACUGAUUGAUGGCUUCAGGGAAGGCUUUUAUUUAUUUCCUGAUGGCCGGAAUCAGAAUCCUGACUUGACUGGCUUGUGUGAGCCCACACCUCAGGACCACAUUAAAGUUACACAGGAACAAUAUGAAUUGUAUUGCGAGAUGGGCUCCACGUUCCAGCUGUGUAAAAUCUGUGCGGAAAAUGACAAGGAUGUGAAGAUUGAACCAUGUGGCCAUCUGAUGUGCACUUCCUGUCUCACUGCAUGGCAGGAAUCAGAAGGCCAGGGUUGUCCUUUUUGCCGCUGUGAAAUCAAAGGAACGGAGCCGAUUGUUGUAGACCCAUUUGAUCCCAGAGGAGGAGGAGGAUUAUCACGGCAAGGUGCAGAAGGAACUCCUUCACCCAAUUAUGAUGAUGAUGAUGAUGACAGAGCUGAUGAUUCCCUCUUCAUGAUGAAAGAAUUAGCUGGUACCAAAGUCGAGCGUCCUCCUUCUCCAUUCUCAGUAGCUCCACAGGCCACCCUUCCUCCUGUGCCACCACGACUGGAUCUUUUGCAGCAGCGGGUGUCCAAUCCACCUGGGGCUUCCAGUCCUGGGACUACUUCAAAGGCUGCUCCAGGUACACUUCACAAGGAUAAACCUUUGCCAAUCCCACCAACGCUCCGAGAUCUGCCCCCGCCACCCCCUCCGGACAGGCCACAUUGUAUCGGAACUGAGAGUCGACCUCAGAGACGUCCCCUGCCCUGCACACCGGGAGACUGCCCUUCGAGAGACAAACUACCCCCCGUGCCCUCUAACCGUCAGGGCGAGCCGUGGCCAUCCCGACCAAUUCCAAAAGCCCCGUCUGUAGCUCUCGGCCCUGGUGACCCUUGGGCUGGGAGAGAACUGUCAAACAGGCACUCGCUUCCCUUCUCCUUGCCCUCUCAGAUGGAUUCCAGGGCUGAUACUCAUCGACUUGGGAGCACGCUCAGCCUGGACAACCCAGUGAGCUUGAGCAGUGGUCCACCAGCAACCUCAGAGUGUGAGCACCCCAAAAUUAAACCCUCCUCAUCUGCCAAUGCUAUCUACUCCUUAGCUGCCAGACCACUGCCUGUACCAAAACUGCCACCUGGGGAACAGUCGGAAAGUGAUGAAGACACUGAAUACAUGUCACCAUCCUCUCUGCCUGUGGUGCCUGCAGGUCCUGCUGUACAAAAACCAGAGCUCAAAAUGCCUUUGGAAAUGACUCCAAGUUUACGAACAUUAGAGUGUGACCCACAAACGGAUGGCUGUAUGUAUGAGGCAAUGUACAACAUUCACUCCCAGGCAACGUCCUCUGCUUUAGAGACUGUUAACACUUCUGAUGAAGGGGAUUUGGCAGCAGCCACUGCCAGCAAUGGCCCUGCAGAAUCAGAAAAUGAAGAAGAUGGCUAUGAUAUUCCGAAGCCACCACUACCAGUUGCUAUUGCUCGUCGUACACUGUCUGAUAUCUCCAAUGCCACGCCCGCCUUCAGCCGAAUGUCUUUGGAAAACGACCCUGUAACAGGUUUUUCGGAUGGUUCUCAAGUUCCAGAAAGGCCGCCAAAGCCGCUGCCACGGAGAAUAAAUUCUGAGCGGAAAGCAGGGAGCUGCCAGCCAGGCGGAGCCAGCAGCGGGACCAAUGCAUCACUGCAACUCUCCAGCCACAAAGAAAGCAGAAAAUACUUGGUACAGAAUGAGCCGGGCACAAAACGUGUGGGACCGGAGUGCGUCUCUGCAUGACGAGCAGCAGGUAGCUACAGAAGGCAGGCGCCUAUCAUCUGUCUCGAGCAGGGUUUCUGGCUGACCUCACGUGGCCAACGCGCCCUAGCUGACUGGGAGGCUGCAAUGAGACACGUCUGGCUACGAGUGUGGUAAAACUUGUCUGCUGCACUAGCCGUGUCUCUCUGCAAGUGCUGCAGCUGGAGGCUUUCAGUGCCUCUCAUGGGUAGCAGUCCAUUUGCUUUCUUACAAACAGGUUUUCUGCAGGCCCCUCGCUGAGCCCUAAUUUUGGGGGAGCCACAUAUGUUUGGAGUACAGCAUGUUGCUUCCUGUGCUGGACUGAUUACAUUACUGUAGCUAAUCCUGAGGCAGGGUCAUAACUGUAAAUGUCCUUUUGAGCAAGAAAAAAUGCAACUCCUGGGGCACAUUUUGAAAGUGCCACGUGAAAAAUUAGAGUUGGGAAUAAGGACACCUAUUUUUGAAGUCCCUGAUAAAAAUGUUUUUUGAAAUUCCUGGUGGGGGAGGAACAGUUGUUAUUUCUCUUGAAUGAUGAAUACCAAUUUGUAUAAUAUCAGUGUUAAAAAUAUUGAGAUUUUCACAAAAUAUUUUAAAAAGUAUAAUAGUGUCAUUAAUAUAAAAAUAUAAUAGCAGUAUUUAAUCCUUUCAGAUCUGUAAAGAAUAAGAAAAAACAGAAGGUAAAUAUUCUUACAGAGAGUAGCUUAGCUUUACGGUUCACUUUGUUUAAAAUCCUCAUUUUGUUUGCAAAUGCAUUGUUAAUGUUUAGAGGUAAUACUAAUGUUAUUUAUUAAUUGUUUCCAUUCCUGUAUGCUACCCACUAAGAGCUUCUUUCUUUGGGAUUCAUUCACCUGUGUCAAUAAAACAAAACAAAGUUUUAUUUUUAAAUAAAAUUUCCUUUGUUGUAGCAUACGGUGUGUAUUGUGUUGCUUUUAGGAGCCCUGGAAAAAGCAUUUCGCGCUAGAGACUAUCUCAGACGUCUUGUUCAGAGCGUCCGGGUACGAGCUUGGCGGUGGGGGAGCAGGAGUGUGCAUAGGCGACGCUGGACUUAGUGCACGGGUC